AUGCGCGCUAUUCACCUGAUGCUGCUUGUGCUGGUUAGCUGCAGCUCAAUUGCACCUGCUGAGAGGGCUACCGGAAUGAGUGGCGUAAAUUCUCCUUUCCAGCCCGAAAAUGAAGACCAGCGCUACUUGAGAGGAAGAACCAAGCCGCACGAAAUCGAUGAGGAGAGAGCUAUCAGGACCCCCCAGCUUGACCAGGCUUCCAGUCUGCUUAAGCUCCCAAAGCUCUCAAAGCUUCCGGGGAUCAAGCACCUUAACAAGUUUCGACUCUAUCUUGCUAAAAAGGCAGGAAACGCACUCACGUCACGUAUGAAAAAGCGCUACGACAGUAAUCCGAACAACUUCAUAUAA